AUGAACGCUGUAAUGCUGCCUUUGCGGGUGCUGUACACGAUUAACAGCUCACCGCAAUACAUCCUCGCGCGGUCUCAGCGCAAAACACCCGUCCAGCUCGUUCACUCCCCCCACGCUUCGUCGUCUGCUCAGCCGCCCCCGCCACCUUUAUACGCUACCGUUCCCCUUAAGACAUGUCUGGAUGUCAUCUGUCGGUGCAGCCCUGAGCUGCUACAGUUUCAAUCUUGCGACUACUCUGUCUAUUUACUGGAUCCACUAGAGACAUGCUCUACCUCUCCUUCCUUCGCCAGUGUCCUAGAUACGCCGAAACCACAACAAGGCGUCGCAGUCGGCAUGGGCCUGCUCUCUUGGGCGCUAUCUGCAGAAGACGACGACGACGUCCCCGUUACGGGCACCAUCAUCAGAACCGGGCACGGCGAGACCCUAGAGGUCGUCUUUGCUUUGCGCGAGACAACCCCCGUCCAGCGUACUCGCGCUCCAACAGCCACACCUUCCCAGCCCUCCCAAUCCUUUACCUUUACCCGCGCCUCCUCCGUCUCCAGCUCCACGACGACGACGACCGCCACCACCUCAAGCUCCCGCCAACCAAGCGAAGCCCCCACCCCCCAGCUCCUCUGGGACCCCUCCCCCUCGCCCGCACCCUCCGACUCCUCCACCGCUGCCUCCAAAGCGCGCGACUGGCCCGCCAUCUACAUCGGGCCCCAGAGCGCGCUGCGGCGCGGCCGGCGGCGCUACGACGAGGCGCCCGAGCGGCCCGCGAGCGUACAGGGGGGACGGAAAGACAAAGGGCUCCCGCCGCCGUUCGUCAAGGCCCCGCUCGCGCGCGCAGAGUCGGCGGUAUCGGCUGCGGGGAGCGGGGAUAAGGGGCGGGAGACGCUGCCGCCCGAGGAGCGGUUUAAUUUGGUCAAGCCCCAGCCGAGCGCGGCGGACGCGCUCGCGGCGCUGGCUGCGCUGAUUGGGUCGGCGCAGGGUGCGAGCGACAGCGGCAAAACCGACCCGAAUGUCGCGCUGCUGUCCAUCCUAACAGCUAUCGACUCCUCUUCUUCCUCGUCGCAAGCCCAGGGCCGCAUCCGGCGAACCCAAACUCAGGACCAAACCCAAGCCGACCCCGCGCUGCUCAAAGCCCUCGCGGACCUCCUCUCGGCCUCCUCUCAAUCACAAGCCCAGGCGAGUACCCGCCGCACGAAGCGCAAGUCCAUGGGGGCGGACGAUGACGGCGAGGUUGUGUGCCUGGACAAGGAGAACGUCGACCCGGGCGCGUUCCGCCGCAAGGCGCUCCGGCAGAGCGCAUCUGCUGCCUCGCUCAAGGGCGCUGCUUCCUCCAACCCGGAUAGCAAUGACAGGGAGAGGGAGAGGGAGGACAGGAGGAAGAGCUUCCCGACCAGCACAAAUGCGAACGAGAAUGGGAAGCGCCGGUACACGCUGGACGAAGUCGCCAGCCGGACGCGGUACACCCUGGACGAGGUCGCGGGGCGGAAGCGCACGCUCAGCGAGAUGUCGAACAGCGCACCGAGCGCCCUCCCCGCCACUUCCUCCACUUCUAUCCCCACCCACUCUUCCUCCUCCUCCUCCUUCCCCUCCCACCCUCACUCCCAGCCCCCACAAUCCUCUUACUCGUAUUCAUGCCAUCACCCUGCAAGCAACGUGCAGCAAACACGGCCAAGCAGCGCCAUCGCACACCCAGAACCCGAACUCGUGCACGCGAUCGCGCAGUCCGAUCCCGUCCUCCCCGUGCACGGCCCGCGCCCGCGCGACCUGCCGGACACGAGCAUGGAGGCGCUGCGCGUCGAGCCGGGGCGCGGGGCGCGCAAGCGCUUCCGCCUGCCGGCGUGGGCGACGGCGCCCGCGUCGGAGCCUGCUGCGCCGUCCACGGCUGAUUGUGCGGGGGAGAAGGGGAAGAGGAGGGCGGACAAGGCGGGGAAGGCAGAGAAGGAGAAGGAGAAGGAGAAGAGUGCGCGGUCUUCGAGGUGCGGCAAGAGCAAGAGCAAGAAGGAGCGGGCAGCGGUGGAGGGCCGCCCGCCCCCGCCAUCGGCCGCGCCGCGCACGGUGUCCCUCCCCUGCAUCCCGUGCUCCCUGCCCAUAUUAGCCGCUUCCGCGGCCUCGCCGACCGGGCUCUCCAUCAAACCGCCGCUCCCGCCGUCCAGCCCGAUCCGCCCGCAUACGAGGACGCCGCCGCCGCCGCCAGGCCCGGACGGCGGAAGCUCGCUGUUCACGCCGUCCCCCGCGAAGGUGCCGUCGCACAUGCCCGAGCAGCCCGGGUCGCCCACGCCGGCUCGGACGCUGGCGUCGCCGCAAGCGAGGGCGCCCUGGGCGCGCUCGUCGCUGCUGUCCCCCUCUGCGCGGGCGGGGAGCGCGGAGCUGGACGCGCCGCCGAGCUCGCUGCCGGUGGCGAGCAGCGACUGCGAGGUUGCGCCGUUGGGCGUGGGCACGCGGGGCGGGGCGCACUGGUCGGUCGGGCUGCCGCCGUCGUCGCCGCUGCCGCCGUCGAGCCCUGCGCUCGGGGCGUCGUGCGAUUUCGAGUUUGAAUUUGACUUUGGGGGGAGUGAGGGGGAAGGCGGGGAGCGCGGGGAUGAAGGCGCGGAGGGGGACCUGGACGUGCGCGACCAGGUGCUGACGUCCGAGUUGGCCGCGGAGUCGGAUGACGCGCAGGGGAACAGGGGCCUCGAGAUGGGGCUGGACGUCGAGCUGCCCUCGGUGGACGACCUCUUCUCGGGGGUGGAGCUGUACCCGACGGCGAGCUCGGACACGGUGUGCGGGGACGCUGCGUUUUCCUUUCCCCCAGCGCAGGAGGGGAUGGGGAUGUACAUGACCGGCGCGCAGGAGAUGGACUUUGGCGAGUUCUGGGCAUGCAUGAAGGGUGUCGGGGCGGGUGUCGGGGCGGGUGUCGGGGCGGGUGUCGGGGCGGGGAGCGAGGCAGGGAAGGAAGAGGAUGGAGUGGAUUAUGGGAAGGUGGCGGAGGAUUUGCAGGCGCUGUUUGGGUUUGAGGAGAGGAUCACAUUCUAGCUGACCUCUCCUGCGAAGGGGGAAGCAAUGUGGUCUGCCAAGAGGCAUUAGGAGAAUGUGUCGCAGUAACUCGCUUUGUAUCGCUGUGCUUGAACUUGCAAAUUGUGUAGAUAUACGCCACAAAUCAAUCGAAAAC